AUGACAGAUCCAGACAAUGAUCUAAUGCAUGCCGGAUUAAGUUUUGGCUUCGUUUUCCUUUUCCUUGGGAUUUUGGUAGGGUUAGUGUGUUGCCUUAUUAAAUGUUAUGAUCAUGAUGAUGAUCAUGAACAUAACAACAACGAUGAGCUUGUCUCUAGCACCAUCACGGUAUGUGUUGGUGUCCAGCCUUUCGUACUCCAAUCAAUCCCUACCGUCGAUUUCAAUUCUAAGGACUUCAAAGAUGUCAUUGAAUGUGUAAUUUGUCUCGGGGAGCUAGUCGACGGAGACAAAGCUAGGGCUUUGCCUAGCUGUGAUCACUUGUUUCACGUUGAAUGUAUCGACUCGUGGCUUAAGUCACAUUCCACUUGCCCUAUAUGUAGAAAGAGAGUUUGUUCCAAGCAACGAGGAACGAGACAGGAACGUGGAGGCGGUGGCAACGAGGGUUUGUCCCAAAAUCACGACCCGAUCACAUCCGAACAUCAUGAGUUACCAACAAAUCCACCUCCCAUGAGCACUGACACGACGAUUAUUGUAGAUGGUGUUUACGGCGGAGAAGACGAAGGUCUACCGGAUGGUCCGGAUCUAACGGAGGUGGUAAUAGACGUCCCGGCGAAAGAGAUGGAAUCAGGCCCAUGUUACUCGUUACGGGCCAAUUGUAUGUGA